AUGAGGAGGGAGACAAUCGCCGCCACCAUUCAGCACUGGAUCAAUUCCGGCAGCCCCCGCCGUGGCCUGGCGAUCCACUCGCAGAUCAUCAAAACCGGGGAGCUCCCCAAUGCCAACAUCUCCAUCAAGCUCCUCGUCCUGCACCUUAAGUGCGACUCCCUCGCCUACGCCCGCCAGGUGUUCGAUCAAAUGCCCUCCCCCACUCUCUCUGCGUACAACUACCUCAUCGGCGGUUACUGCAAUCGCCACCGCCACCAGGAGGCGCUGCAGCUCCUCCGCUUGUUCGCCAUCUCCGGCGAGAGACCCGAUGGCUUCACCCUCUCCAUGGCCCUCAAGAUCUCCUCCUCCGCCGCCGCCGCCGCUGCCGCCGCUAAUCUCUGCAAGGAAGUGCACGCUCAGAUUUUCAGGUCCUGCGGCGGCGGCAGCCUUGACGAGGUCCUCUGCACGGCGCUGAUCGAUUCCUACGCCAAGAACGGGAGCUUGGGCUAUGCCAGGAGCGUCUUCCGCGAAUCCUCGGACCAGAACGUCGCCUGCUGCACGGCGAUGAUCUCCGGGUACAUGCGGCGGGGGCUUCUCAGGGAGGCGGAGGAGGUGUUUCAGAGCGCUCGCGAGAGGGACGCGGUGGCCUUCAACGCCAUGAUCGAGGGCUACAGCUGCAGGCCUGCGACAGCAUCGAGGUCGCUGGAGGUCUUCAAGGACAUGCAGGGGGUGGGCCACCGGCCGACGGUCUCCACCUUUGUUAGCUUGAUUGGCGCCUGCUCCGUGCUCUGCGCGUUGGAGUUUGGCCGCCAGGUGCACGCUCGGCUGGUCAAGACGGAGAUCCUCCUGCACGUCAGAUCGGGCAGCGCGCUGGUGGACAUGUACGCCAAGUGUGGCCGGACAGAUUACGCGCGGAGGGCGUUCGACGAUAUGCCGGAGAGGAACGUGUUCUCCUGGUCCUCCAUGAUCGACGGGUACGGAAAGAACGGCAUGGCGGAAGAGGCCCUGGAACUGUUCAGGAAGAUGGAGGAAGAAGACGACGAUGUGGUUCCCAACGAGGUGACCUUCCUCGCGGUGCUAUCGGCGUGCGGGCACGCAGGGCUUGUCGGCGAAGGGAAGGACAUCAUGGCGAGUAUGGAGAGGGACUACUCUGUGAAGCCUAAGGUCGAACAUUACGCGUGCAUGGUAGAUCUGCUGGGCCGAGCUGGGAAUUUGCAGGAGGCAUUCGCCUUCAUCAAGGAGAUGCCCUGCCGGCCAAAUUCCGACGUGUGGGCGGCGCUGCUCGGGGUCUGCAGGCUCCAUGGGGAGGUGGAGCUCGCCGCCGUGGCGGCAAAAGAGGUUUUUGAGUUGAACAGGAGGGAGCGGCCCGGAGCUUAUGUGGCUCUGUCCAAUACCUUCGCCGCCGCCGGGCGAUGGGGGAGCGUCUGCGAAGUGAGGGAGAUGAUGAAGGCGAGAGGGGUCUCCAAGGACACCGGCAACAGCUGGGUCGGAACCAGGGAGGGAAAGAUUUCAUGA